GUCAGUUUUAAAUGUAAGCGUUUUUAAUAUAGUUUCGUUAUGGUUUAAAUAUGAAGGAAGUCUGUUUUGUUUUGAUUCUAAUUGGAAUUUUAAAAGGAAUUAAUUGCCAGAUUUUUUCAUUAGGGUGUCCAACAGGUUGGGUACUAAACGAGAAUGAGUGCUACAAAUUUGUUGAGGAUGACAAGGUGUAUGAGGAAGCGGACGCGGCAUGCUGGUCCAUGGGUGCCCGAUUGCUAAGCGUGGAUUCAUUCCAGGAGCAUGAAUUCAUUUCAAAUUACUUAACAGCGAGUAAACUUAUGAGGCAGACGUAUUAUUAUACAUCCGGGUACUAUUUCCUUGGUCGUCUGUUUUGGGAAGCUGAAAACCGGUAUCAUGAUGGCGCAGACUUCUGGAUAGGGGAGAAAACUCCUCCCAAAGAAGAAAUCAUGUACAGGGUCGUGUAUACAUACGCAGGUUCAGGCUCGGGUUACAGGUGGGCCAACAUUUCAUCAAGUAUAAUGGCGAGCUACAUUUGUGAAAUCCCCAGAUCACAGACCCAGGACUUGGAAAUAAUGGACAGAGACUUUGAUUAUGGUAUAGGAGAAACUGAUGCUAGGAAUUUGAUCCGAGGACCUACAAUUGUAGAACAGCCUGAGAGCAUUAUUGUAUUCGAGGGAGUAGAAACAGUGGAUAUAGAGUGUUCGGCGUCUGGGAAUCCUUAUCCGAUGUACUCAUGGUACCGAGGAACAAACUUAAAUGAUUCGGCUCUCGUUACCUCGGCAACCGAUAACCGGUACACAUUGACUGGCGGAAAGUUCACUAUAGAAGGCCCGGACGGUUCAAAAGACCUUUCAUCGUACCAUUGCAAGGCUGAAAACAGCAUUGGUUCUGUGCUAAGUAAUGAAGCCAAAAUUCUUUUCGGAUAUCUCGGUUAUAUCUCUAACGUAGAACCGGAACCAACAUACGCUAGAGUGUUUAAAGGGACAAAGAUAGACUGCGAGACACCCUCCUACUCACCAAGGGUGACUUACCAAUGGUUUAAGAAUGCGGCGAUCAAUAUUUUCGUGCAGCCAGGUAACGAUAACAUGUUUGUGUCGUUCAGUGGUACACUAUACGUCUCAGAGGUACAGCCGACGGACUCGCCGAAGCGUUAUUUCUGUUUGAUCACACUCGUCGGCACUGACGAUAUCAAACUUGGCAAGGCAAAUACUCUGGUGAGAAGUAAUAAAGGAAUACUGCUGUUACUUCUGGACGAUACUAGCUCGUCUUUACAAACAUGGACCCAUAUUUCCCAACCCACGUGUUUCCCGUCCGACUCUUAG